CAAUAAUAAGGCGGAGUGGAGAGCGUGGAGCUUCGGAGCUUCAGCAUUCACACGCCCGACCAGAAGGGCGGAUAGUACUACGCCAUUUGUUUUUUUUUUUUUUUUUUGAACGUGUUGAUUUUGCACUCUAUCAGUAACGCUAAAAGCCGGGCACCCCGUCCUAUCGCCAGACGCCCCCUCCCGUUCUACUACCGCCGCCCCCCUCCAUGGACGCGUUAGGAUGGAAGCUGGCGGCGCAGCGCUUCGGUCUCGGAGAGUCCGGCGUCCCCCCGCCGGUCGGCUCGUGCUAGGGGCCAUGAAGUGAGCUUAGCGUGUGAAGCGCGGAGACUCGGAUCGCUUUAUGUUUUUUUUCUGUUUUUAAAAAUUAAAAGCCUUUUAUACGCAUCGAAGAGUUAAAGCCGGGAUUCUCUGAUUACCGUGAGCUGGUCAGUAUACGUACCGAACUGACAUUUUCAGUUGCAGAAGAUGGACAUUGAGGAGAUGGACGGUGUCAGCUCCUGAGCGCUCAAUGGGUGUGACCCAGCGCUCCAGUAUACCUGCAGCUUCACUGAUCUCUCUCCUGAGCCUUUCUGGACACCUGAAGCUUCUCUGAUCUCCAUCCCGUGCCUUUCUGGACACCUGAAGCUUCUCUGAUCUCCAUCCUGCACCUUUCUGGACACCUGAAGCUUCUCUGAUCUCCAUCCCGUGCCUUUCUGGACACCUGCACCAUUCCGUCUGGAGUCCUGAAUCUUUUAAGGGGAUUCCCGUGACUUUGGCUCCCCUUGUCGCCCCUUACACCCCCCAUCUCAAUCUCAGGGGGGUCGGACAUGCUGAAGUGCAUCCAGUUGGGGCGCUGCAACCGCCACAUUGAGUCGGUGGACAGGCGGCACUGCUCCCUACAGACGGUGCCAGAUGAGAUCUACCGCUAUGCUCGCAGCCUGGAGGAGCUGCAACUGGAUGCUAACCAGCUCCGCGAGCUCCCCAAGCCUUUCUUCCGGCUGCUGAACCUGCGCAAGCUGACCCUCAGCGACAAUGAGAUCCAGAGGCUCCCCCCAGAGGUGGCCAACUUCAUGCUGCUGGUGGAGCUGGACGUCUCGCAGAACGACAUUCCUGAGAUUCCUGAGAGCAUCAAGUUCUGCAAGGCCCUGGAGAUCGCAGAUUUCAGCGGAAACCCUCUCUCCAGGCUGCCUGAUGGUUUCACGCAGCUUCGGGGCCUGGCUCACCUGGCCCUCAAUGACGCCUCCCUGCAGAUCCUGCCGGAUGACGUCGGCAACUUGGGAAACCUGGUGACCCUUGAGCUGCGGGAGAACAUGCUGAAAUCCCUGCCCAUGUCGCUAUCCUUCCUGGUGAAGCUGGAGCAGCUGGAUGUGGGCAGUAAUGAACUGGAAGCGUUGCCUGACACCCUGGGUGCUCUGCCCAACCUGCGGGAGCUGCUGCUGGACCACAACCGCCUGGCUACCCUGCCCCCGGAGCUGGGGAACCUCCGGAGACUGGUGUGCCUGGACGUGUCAGAAAACCGCCUGGAGGAGCUUCCCGCGGAGCUGGGCAGCCUGGUGCUCCUAACCGACCUGCUGCUGUCACAGAACCGGCUGGAGCUGUUGCCAGACACCAUGGGUGGCCUGAAGCAGCUGUCCAUACUCAAAGUGGACCAGAACCGGCUGAUCCGCCUGACGGAUGCCAUCGGCGACUGUGAGAAUCUGUCUGAGCUGGUGCUCACUGAAAACCUCCUCCAGGCUUUGCCGCGAUCCAUGGGGCAGCUGAAGAAGCUGACCAACCUGAACGUGGACCGCAACCGUCUGUACGGUGUCCCCCAGGAGCUCGGCGGCUGUGCCAGCCUCACAGUGCUCUCUCUGCGUGAGAACCGCCUGGCCAGGCUGCCCCCCGAGCUGGCAGGCGCCACCGAGCUGCAUGUGCUGGACGUGGCGGGGAACAGGCUUCAGAACCUCCCGUUCUCCCUGGCAAACCUGAACCUGAAGGCCCUGUGGCUGGCCGAGAACCAAUCGCAGCCCAUGCUCAAGUUCCAGAUGGAAGAUGACAGCAGGUCUGGGGAGACGGUGCUCACCUGCUACCUGCUACCACAGCAGCCGUCGACCAGCCCAGAGAACGAGCCGGCCACUCCUACCGAUGACAGCUGGAUGGACAGCAACCCGAACCGCGUGCCCACCAUCCAUUUCCAGGAGAAGCUGGAAGACCGGGAGCACGAUGAGGAGAGCGCGGCUGAACGAGGGGGUCUGCAUCGACGGGCAACACCGCACCCGAGUGAGCUGAAGGAGAUGAAGAAGGUCAUGGAGGAGAGGAGGCCGCACGUGGAGGAGGAGGAGGAGAGGACCGACACAGAGGAGGCGACGCUGACCAAUCACAGCCCAGACUCUCAGACCUCCAGCCAACCUCACCGACACGAAAAUGAUUCGGAGGAGCUGGAUGAAAUGGAAGUGGAAUACGUGGAGCCCACCGUGCACUUCGCAGAGGAGCCCAUUAUCCGUGGAGGUGGGGAGGAGGACGAUGAGGAAGAGCCGAGCGACGAUGGGGAGCGGCGUGUCGCUCCCGCUGAACGGCAGCGGCUGAUCCGGAAGGACACGCCCCACUACAAGAAGCAUUUCAAAGUCUCGAAGCUUCCGAAACCGGAGGCGGUGGCAGCUCUGCUUCAAGGAUUCAGCGCCGAUGGGACGCACCCGGCACCUGAGGAAGGAGUGGAAGAGGAGGAGGAAGAGGAGGAGGAGGAGGAAGCAGAGAACAUCUCUCCUCUCCCCAGGAUGGAGGGAUGGACGGACAGAUAUAACGCCUCCCUGCAGCCUGUUAAGGGGGUGUCAUUUGAUCAAGUCAAUAAUCUUCUGAUUGAGCCUGCUCGAAUUGAGGAAGAAGAGCUGAAGCUGACCAUCCUGCGGCAGGCGGGGGGGCUGGGCAUCAGUAUUGCGGGAGGUCGUGGCUCGACGCCUUACAAGGGGGAUGACGAGGGAAUCUUCAUCUCCAGGGUUUCUGAAGACGGUCCUGCUGCUCAUGCUGGCGUCAAAGUGGGAGAUAAACUGCUGCAGGUGAACGGUGUGGAUCUGUAUGAGGCGGAGCACCAGGACGCUGUGGUGGCACUGCGUAGCUCCAGGACGGCCAUCACCAUGAUGCUGCAGCGGGAGCGCAUGGUAGAGCCAGAGAACGGCGUCAGCACCACACCCCUGCGACCCGAGGAUAGCUCCUCCCCCUGCGUGCCGUUGGACGAGCCCCGCCCCCCCGGUGACCGUGAGCGCGUCUCCGCCUCCAUCGUCCGCGAUGACGUCGGCCUGGGCUUCUGCAUCGCCGGGGGAAAGGGCUCCACGCCGUAUCGCCAGGGAGACACCGGUAUCUUCAUUUCCCGCCUUUCCGAGGGAGGGGCCGCCCACCGUGACAGAGUUCUGCGCGUGGGGGACAGGGUUCUCUCUAUCAAUGGUGUUGACAUGGCGCAUGCCAGACGUGACCAGGCGGUGACACUGCUCACCAGCACCUCUCCCACCAUCUCUCUGCUGCUGGAGCGUGAGCAGGAUGCCAACGAGGGUCACCCCGCCGGGCCCCGGCCACACUCCCCCCCGCCCCCCCAGCCCAGUGACUCAGACCCCACCGGUACCUGUUCUCAGAGUGGGCGCCUGGAUCAGCCGUGUGCGGACGUUUACCCUAUCGAGGAGCUGACUCUGCUGAAGACAGGUGGCCCGCUGGGGCUGAGCAUCGUGGGGGGCAGUGACCACGCCAGCCAUCCCUUCGGGGUCACGGAGCCCGGCGUCUUUAUCUCCAAGGUGGUGCCCGGAGGCGUGGCUUGCCACGCGGGCCUGCGGGUGGGCGACCGCCUCCUCGAGGUGAACAGCACCGACCUGCGGCAGGCCAUGCACCAGGAGGCCGUCGGUGCGCUGCUGUCCAGCCAGCAGGAGAUGCGUCUGCUGGUGCGCAGGGACCCCGCCCCUCCUGGCAUGCAGGAGAUCGAGAUUCAGAAGUUACCAGGAGAAAAGUUGGGCAUCAACAUUCGGGGUGGAGCCAAAGGUCACACCGGCAACCCUUUUGACCCCACCGACGAGGGAAUCUUUAUCUCCAAGGUGAGUCCCGGCGGGGCAGCAGCGAGGGACGGCCGCCUGCAAGCUGGCAUGCGCGUCCUGGAGGUGAACGGUCAAAGCCUUUUGGGCCAGAGCCACGCGGAUGCCGUGAGCGCCCUGCGCCGGGCCGGGGAGACGAUCUCCCUGCUGCUCUGCGAUGGCUUCGAUGCCCGAGAAGCCGGCGCCCUGGAGAGCACGCCUGGUGUUAUUGCCAACCGCAAGACCAGUGUGGAGAGCAUCUCCUCCAUUGACAGGGACCUGAACCCAGUGCAGAUCCCUCUCAUGCAGAAGGAGACAGAAAGCGUGCAUGAUGCUUCCCGGUGGGAGAAGGAAGCCGCGGAGGAUGUGACCUUCAAAACCCGACCGCUCAAACUGGACUACAGGACCCUGGCGGCAUUGCCUGUCACCAGCCUGCAAAAGAUCAACCGGACGCCUUCCUCUGAGUCGCCGGGGUUCAGCAGCCCCAGCCAAAACACCUCGCACUCCCCCUCCUCCCUUCCGCCAAGUCAUCAUUAUAUCUCUGGUUUAGCUGCCAAAGAAAGUGUCCCGACCAGACCGGGCAAGAUCCAGCCCUUGUCUCCCAUGUGGCCGAGCUCAGCGUCCAGUCCAGACAGCCGGUCCAGCCCAAAGUCACCUGGACCACCACUCAUCAGCCCUCGUUCCACUUCUCUGCGUUCUCCUCCCCCAACCUCGCCAAAUGACCUUCCCGUCAGUAUGAAGCAGACUUACAAGGCCCUUGCGGCUGUGCCCUGCUCCGUGGCUGUGCUCGAGCAGGUGGGGUUCCGGAAGCCUUCAAGGGGCUGCCAGGAGCCGCUCAGCCCAAAGCCCAGCGUUCAGUCCCGGCAGCUUGUGGAGCCCGAGCUGGAAAACGAGGUAUUUGAGAGUGAGGCCAAGCUCGGUAGGGUGGGCAGGGUGGACACAGUCCCUGUCUCCCCUCAUGCCCCCGUCACCUCCGACCUUAGUGACUACAUGAAUCUGGCUGCUGUGCCACGCCGGUCCCGGCCCUCACUGGACCUACAGGCACCUGCGCCCACUGGACAGGGCAACCCAGAACGGCACUCUUUCAAGGACCGACAGAAGUACUUUGAGGUUGACAUGAAGCAGCAGCAGACAGCAAACCCCAAACCCAAGCCCCGGGUGUCGCUGGUAGGCGAGGAUGACCUGAGGAAAAUGAAGGAAGAGGAAGCCCGAUGGAUUCAGCAGCAUAGCCACCGGCACCUACUAAAUGAGGAUGAAGACGAUGAAGAGGAGAUAGUCCUGGCCAAGAAGAUGGCUGAAAUAAGGGCCCAGGGCAAGGUUCUGUUGGAUGGAGUGGCGUACAAGCCUGAAAAAGAACAGACUGGGUCAUCGCCCCAGAUCUGUGGCACCGCGUCCAUUACCGGGCCCUCGUUCUUGGACAGGAAUGGAUCUCCUCAGAGGGACUCGCUUGAUAGCAGCUCGAAACUGGAGCAGAGACCCAAUUCUUUGACGAGAAGCUUGAAGCCUCUAUAUCUCGGCGAGUCCAGCCCCCCCUUCCACCCGUGGGACCCCGAGCUGCAGGCCAGCCCUUCUGACAGGGAGCUCUCGUCUGCAGAGAAGCGAGCACUGGAGGCAGAGAAGAGGGCCAGGUGGAGAGCAGAAAGGAUGAAAUCUCUGGAGCAGGAUGCCCUCAAAGCGCAGAUGGUCAUCGCCAAGUCACGGGAUGGCAAGAAGCCCGGCGCUCUGGACCGGCUAGCCGACUCGCCAUCACCUGCCUCCACGGGCUCUCCCACCCCCCUGGAGGAUUUCAGUCCUCAAAGUGUCAGAUCACCAGGUAGACAGUCCCUGACAGAAAAGAAGUUUGACUACCGACAGUUCGCCGCAAUCCCUUCUUCCAAACCUGUGUACGACAUCCAGGCCCCAGAAGCCGCAGAGGACAAUCACUGUAUUGAUGGCUCCGGUAGUUAUGGACCCCUUGAGGACCCCGACACCGAGCUGCCCGCUUCACUGCCCGACACAUCUGCCCUGGAGGAAAUGGCCCUGUACAGUAAUAAGGGCAAACUAAGACAUGGCCGGUGCAGCCUGGACACAGCUGUGCCUACAUAACACCACAGAGGCCCUAACUGCCAAACCCCAUGAGGAUGCUGUCACAGGUGCAUGCAGGCACUGCAGCCGUCAGACCACGCAAGGCGCAGCAGAAGCGUCACUGCCUGACGCAAUGACAGUGUGUCUCAAAGCAAAGCUGCAGUUUCUGCAUAGGUGCUGGUAUGGGGGGGGGGAUUACCAUAGUUAAACAUUCCCCCCUCCCCCCCCCCCACGGGAGGCCUCUGUUUUAAUUUUUUUUUUAUUUAAAACACAUACAAAGUGGGUCCACCAAACUGUUUUCUUUUGUCUGAAUUUUAUUCUUUUGUUUUUUUCCUUUCCUUUUAUUAUUAUUAUUAAUGACUAUUCUGUGGAAGAAUACAAGAAAGUUAUAUGCUAAAAAAAGUUGUAUGUUAAAUUGUAUUUCUGCAAAUGGUACAAGGAUGUGGGGAUGCUGCACACACAGCUGCCACACAGCCGGACACUGUCGUUCAGGGCUCCAUUCCUGCGGCGGUUCUGUGUUACUGAGAGCAGAAGGGGUGCAUUAGUGUCACUGUAGGCUGGGUGCAAAUGCCAUUGUCCCCAUCUGAGAUUUCAUAUCACGCUAUGAUGCAUUUCGUAGAGGGAAACACCUGUAACCCUCAUUACUGAAGGUUAGAAGCAUAAAUCCUUCCAGAACUGCCUACUAGCUGGAGAAGAGUAGGGUUCUCCCAUUCUUCCAUAGUGAAAAUCUGGACACUGUUUUUAAUGCAUUUGUCUCUAUUUUAGCUGUUAUUCACCUUAUAGUAAAAAAGCUUCAAGGCAAUGAAAAAAUACAUAUCAAAUAUUGCAACGACCAAGAGAAAUGUUCAACAUCGCAAUCUGCUCAGAUUUUAGACUAUUCAGCAUAGCCCCCUAUUGCUUUGACGACAGCAUUGCGGACUCUUGCCGUUCGUUCAGCCAGCUGCCACAUGUAGCCACCUGGAAAGCUUCUCCUACAUUCCAGGAGUUUCCAGUUCUGGGCACAGGUCGGCUACCUUGCUCUUACUCUUUAAUCCAGUUCAUCCCAAACUGGCUCGUCCGUCACUGCACUCCACCUCUUCCUGUGUUCGCAAGGUCAUUAUUACUACAUGAGCCUGAACAACCCUUCAGGUUAUCUUGUUGAAAAACAAAUGAUUUUCAGUAAGUGUCCAGAUUUUUACCGGUACUGCAUGUCUGAUUUGUCUUCAGGGAUUCAGUUUAUUACUAUAUAGCGCCUUUCACAACAGAGAGUCACCCCAGUGCGCUUUACAUGGGUGUGUUGUGCUGAGCCUUUCCAGAUUAACUGUGCGUGUCCAUGUCUGUAUGUGUACCAUCCUGAACCUGUCAAAGGGUUGGAAUGCAUAAGUUACUUUUCUGGCCCCAAAAUACUAGAUCCUACAUAUUUGUGGUGGAGGUACUUUUUAUUUAUUUAUUUUUUCGAAAUCCGAAGCCAAUUUGUGAAUAAUGUACAGGUACUGGAUUUUAAAAGUUGACUCAUAGCUUUUGGAGUAGCCUUAACGCGGAUUUCAGAUGAGAAAAGUCUUUCUUUGUGCAUAUUUCCAGCUUUAAAGUUUACACUUAUAAUCAGCUGUUUGUUAAAUUACCCUCCGAUCUCAAGAGCAGAAAUUGUUUUUGAAUUUAAUUCUACUAAUCUUAGCUUUUUUUUUUUGUUCUUGCCAACUGAAAUUCAGCUGCAACUUUUUUUUUAAUAUAGAUUUGUGACACUACGUUUUAUAUGAUAGUUUUGAUUGUUUCUCUUUCUUUUCAUUGGAUUAUUUCGUUUUCCAAGGGUGAGAGGUGAAAGGUGACUGCCGGGAACUGUAGUUCAUUCGAGACUGUAACUAGUGAAUUUGUACAACCAAAGAAGUCUAUUUUGUGGAUCAGCAAAUAAAGUUUACUUUUCAUUGA